CAGAAACAGACGACUGACACGGUGGCCCGUGGAGGCGUGCAGUGAACCGAAUCCUCGACGGAGGAAACGACCAACGAUUUCUUCAUCUCACGUCGUCAAAUCACAAAUGUCCUCAUCAUCAUCAUCUUUCCUACGACUUCAUUUUCUGGGGAUUUUUUUCCAUUCCAAUUUGAAGUUGCGAUGCUUUCGCGAUAACUCUGCUUCAUCUCGCCUCUGACCCCAACCGCUUGAUUCAGAGGAUGGAAAGGUUGUUGAACGAAGGCCCAACUCUGCUGCAGUUGCACAAGUGGGAACCUUCUCAAUUGCAACUGAAGCUAUCAGAAUUUCGCGAGGCUUUCAUCUCUCCGUCGAGGCAGUUGUUGCUACUACUCUCUCACCACUCCGAAGCUUUGCUGCUACCUCUGGUUGCGGGGAGCUCUAUUGGCAGUGAGGUUUCGGCAAGCUGUCAUAAUGAAGAUUCGAGUAGUCCUGCAUGCUCUCCGCCCCCUUUGUAUAAUUUUGCAGCAUCUGGUGGGUCAGAUUCAGAGAACAUUGCAUCUCCUUCUGGAUUAGAAGUUGGUUCUGGUGAGCCAGGUUUUGUAGAUAGUUGCAGUUCUAGUCGCAGUGGUUUUCCUUUUAUCUUUGAUGCAAACUCUGUUGCGUGGGGUAGUUGUGGGGAUACUUACAAUCGGCACGAAGACCCUUUGUUCAGAGAAUUGUUGUUUGUAUCUGGAAAUCAUGGUGUUACGGUCCACGCUUUUUGCUGUUCCAAAGAUUCAAGUGACAGAGCCAGAGGCAAACCAAAUGGCGAGCUGAGGCACGGGAAGUGGGUUGAAUGGGGACCUUCUAGGCUAAAUCAGAAAUCAGAACACGAAAGGGUCUCUUCUUCUGAUGGUUCAAAGCAGUGGAUGGAAUCCUUUUUAAUCGAUGUGGAAAUUACUGAAAUUGAGGGUGUAAGACAGUCAAGGUUCCCUGAGAAGUCAGAGUUUCCUGGUUCUGCAGAGGUUGUUUCAUUCAGCAUAUUAGAUAGUGAUCUGCCUUUUUCAAAUCUUCUUUUCCAAGACAAUUCCAUACUUCAGGAGGGUAAUUUGCCGGAGGAAGGUACUUUAGGUGGCAAUAGUUUUCUCGUAGCUUCAGAUCCAUCUGCUUCUCGAGCUGAUGUGCCCAUAAAAAAUGGCAGUGUAAACAGUUUGUACAGGUGCACCAAAGUUUUCUCCAGCGAUUCUCAUUUUCUGAUUGGAUUUAUUAUGGAGUUAUCGGACUGUGCAUCUACCCAUACAAGCGAUGAAAACGAAUCAAGCAAGGGUAAGAACGUUGUCUUUGUUGCCCAGCUGUUUAGCUGGGGGAUGGAAUGGCUCUCCCUUGUGAAACUCAGGGAAUCAAGUAUUGGACCUAGAGAUGACUGGGCAGAUUUCCGGCUAUCUGAUAAAUUUGUUAUCUGCCUCAGUGUUUCUGGUUUGAUAUUUCUAUAUGAUGUGAAUUCUGGGGAUUGUUUUGCUCAUCAGGAUAUUUUACAGACAUGUGGUCGUGGAUUGCAUUCUUCAUCAGAUAUGCAAGAAGCAACUGCAGAGGCUGAUCAGCGAAGUGACUUUCAAAGUCUUGCUCCAUCCAUGUCGAAGUCUCAUAUUGUUCGUUCAGCAGACAGAAGAAAGUUUAGAAAGCUUAUUGUAGCUUCUCAUACACCACUCAUAGCUGCAGUUGACGAAAAUGGUUUGGUAUAUGUGUUAUGUGUUGAUGACUUUGUUUCCAAGGAAUACCGCAUGUCCAUCGAAUCUAUUCCUUAUUUAUGUCAUUUUGGGCUUGGAAGUUUUGUUGGGUGGAAAGUCGGUGGUAUGGACGUUGGCCAGCAAAAAGUACACCACGCUCAUUCCUCUGGCUCUGGAGGUGAAGAUGCCUUUUCCAGGUGUGAUCCUGGGUUUUCUGCUUCUGAUAUCUCGAUGUCUGAUCGAUGUUUGGAAAGACAACAAAAUAAUUUUGAUCGAAGAUGUGGUUACUCUGGUUCAUGGUUGAGUGGUUUUUCUACUCAGCCUAAAAUAAAUGUGCCGAGACUUGAAGAUUUCCAAAGAGACCCACACGUCACGCGGAAGAUGUUUUUAUCCGCAGAAAAAUUGGGAUUGGAUGAUAACAUAUGUUUUUCUCCAUGGGGAUUCACUCAUUUCUCUAGAAAGCACACAAAAAAAGAAGAUCAAAGCUGCAAGAUUCUUCAUUACACCCUGCCGACGCAUUUGACGGCGAGAGAUGAUAGUUGUCUGAAUUACAAUGACAACAAGAUUUCUAUUCAAGGUGCAGAAGAAACCUUAAUAGGAGAAUCAGUUGGUUGCUCCUUCCAAGGAUUUCUUUAUCUGGUGACUUGUAGUGGUCUUUCAGUUUUUCUCCCUUCCAUCUCAAUAACCCCGAAUUACUCAACUGUUGAGGCCAUUGAAUAUCUGCAGCCAUUCCAAACCACUGUCAUGGGAUGCCAGGGAAGAGACAAUUUGAGAUCAGGGGAAUCACGUUUUCCUUGGCAAGUGGAGGUCAUAGAUAGAGUUAUCUUGUUCGAAGGCCCUGAAGCUGCAGAUCGUUUGUGCUUGGAAAAUGGUUGGGACCUAAAAAUUGCUCGUUUGCGUCGACUGCAAAUGGCGUUGGACUACUUAAAAUAUGAUGACAUCAACGAGUCUUUGAAGAUGCUGGGUAAUGUAAAGCUGGCAGAAGAAGGCAUGCUAAGGGUGCUAUUCUCUGCUCUUUAUCUGCUGUCGCGCAAGAAUAGGAACGAUAAUGAGAUUUCUGCUGUAUCUAGGCUCCUCACAUUGGCUACAAGGUUUGCGACUGAGAUGAUUCGCAUAUAUGGGUUACUUGAGUAUCAGAAAGAUGGAUACAUGUUGGACAGCAAACCUAGGACACAUAUACUUUCACUUCCGUCAAUUUCACUGCAUAGCGAUGUAAUGGAAAAUCCAAGGAGGUUGUCAGAGAUGGGAUAUCUUUUGGAGAUCACCCGGAACUUCCAAUCCCGUAUUUACAGAAAAUUUAAGAAACUAGGAAAGGGAAAGAAUGAGAAGUCACUGAACCUGGCAGACCCAAAUUCUCAAGAUGAUUCUCAGCUUGAAGUUGUUCCAGAUGCAUCAUCUGCGGAGUCGAGACAACAUGACACGUAUAUAGUCGAUACCAAUAAUGAGCUUGCUUUGACGCCAAUGGGUAUGAUUACAGCCAAAUCUAACCAGACCAUUGACGAAAUAAGUAGUGCAUCUAGCCUUGUACCCCAAGAGGUACUGACAGAGAAGAAAGUUCUUCCUGUGGAAAACCCCAAGGAGAUGAUGGCUCGUUGGAAGACUAAUAAUUUGGAUUUGAAAACCGUGGUGAAAGAUGCCUUGCUCUCCGGUCGACUCCCUUUAGCCGUUCUUCAAUUGCAUCUUCAACAUUCUAAAGACUCGGUAGAAAACGGAGAGCAUCAUGAUACAUUUACUGAAGUUCGUGAUAUUGGAAGAGCUAUAGCUUAUGACCUAUUUUUGAAGGGUGAACCUGGGGUUGCCAUUGCAACUCUGCAAAGGCUCGGAGAGGAUGUGGAAGCGUGUCUCAAUCAGUUGGUGUUUGGCACAGUGAGGAGAUCUCUUCGAUAUCAAAUUGCUGAAGAAAUGAGAAAACAUGGCUUUUUAAGACCAUACGAAGACAAUGUACUGGAGAGGAUAUCUCUUAUUGAGAGGCUUUAUCCUAGCAGCCACUUUUGGAAAACAUAUCUUACUCGACAAAAGGAACUCCUGAAAGCUGCAGUACCUUUUGACGCCAGUAAAAUUAGCUUGCACCUUGGGGGGUCUUCUUUGUUCCAGCAUCUCGAGAUUGAGUGUGGCGAGGUUGAUGGUGUUGUUCUAGGUUCUUGGACAAAAAUCAAUGAGAGUGCAUCUGAGCAUGCGCCUGAUGAAACCGAUGCAAUUGCUGGCUACUGGGCUGCAGCAGCCGUGUGGUCAAAUGCUUGGGAUCAGAGAACAUUUGAUCAUAUAGUCUUGGAUCAGCCUUUAGUCAUGGGCGUUCAUGUUCCAUGGGAUUCCCAGCUGGAGUAUUAUAUGUGUCACAAUGAUUGGGAAGAAGUCCUUAAGCUGUUGGAUCUCAUUCCUGAGGAUCUUCUAUAUGAUGGAAGUUUGCAAAUUGCUCUGGAUGGUCCGAAGCAGUCUUCUGGCGUAAAUUACUCAGUUUCUUCCCGUAGCGAGUAUAUAUGUUCCAUCGAAGAAGUGGAUGCUGUACUUAUGGAUGUUCCUUAUAUCAAGAUAUUUAGGUUACCUGCAGAUAUCCGGUGCUCCUUGUGGCUAACAACACUUAUGGAGCAGGAACUGGCAAGAAAACUUAUAUUUUUAAAGGAAUAUUGGGAGAACGCUCUUGAUGUAGUAUAUCUUCUGGCUCGGGCAGGUGUCAUCCUUGGCAAUUGCGAAGUUUCAUUCAAGGAGGAAUCUUGUAGGCCAUCCCUAGAUCUUUGUUUGUCCAGAAAGGAGAGAGGAGCAAAUGUUGAUACCCUGAAUGCUGUACAUAAGCUAUUUAUACACCACUGCACCCAAUAUAAUCUGCCAAACCUUCUGGAUCUGUACCUUGAUCAUCACGAAUUGGUCCUAGAUAAUGAUUCGCUUAGUUCAUUGCAGGAAGCUGUUGGUGAUUCCCACUGGGCAAAAUGGUUGCUGCUCUCCAGGAUCAAGGGCCGGGAGUAUGAUGCUUCAUUUUCAAAUGCGCGCUCAAUUAUGUCACGUGGUGCGGCACCAAAUGGUGAACUUAGUGCUCCAGAGAUUGAUGAUAUUGUUUGCACUGUUGAUGACAUUGCUGAAGGGGCAGGAGAAAUGGCAGCUUUAGCAACUAUGAUGUGUGCCUCGGUGCCAAUUCAAAAAUCCUUGAAUACUGGCAGUGUUAACAGACACGGUAACUCUUCUGCUCAGUGCACAUUGGAGAAUUUGAGAUCAUUUCUUCAGAGAUUCCCUACCUUAUGGAGUAAGCUUGUUACUGCUAGUAUUGGAGAAGAUAUUUCUGGCAACCUUUUGCGGACCAAGGCUAAGAAUGUUUUGUCAGAGUAUCUGAAUUGGCGUGACAGUGUAUUCUUCUCAGCUGCACGUGAUACCUCACUCCUGCAGAUGUUGCCUUGUUGGUUUCCUAAGGCGGUCCGUAGAUUAAUUCAGCUUUAUAUCCAGGGACCUCUUGGAUGGUUGUCUUUCUCAGGAUAUCCUACAGGGGAAUAUCUACUGCACAGAGGUGUUGAGUUCUUUAUAAAUGUGGACGAUCCGACUGAGAUAAGUGCCAUAUCUUGGGAAGCAAUCAUCCAGAAGCACAUCGAAGAAGAGCUUCAUAACACAAAAACUGAGGUGGGAACCGAGCUUGGACUUGAGCACUUCCUGCAUCGUGGACGGCCACUUGCAGCUUUUAAUGCUUUCUUGGAACAUAGAGUUGAAAAACUAAAAAUGGAAGAUCAAUCUGGCUCUUCGAUACAUAGACAAAGAAAUAUGCAGUCAGAUGUUCCAAUGCUACUUGCACCUCUGACGCAAACUGAUGAGUCGCUUCUUUCAUCUGUCAUACCACUUGCUAUCACACACUUUGGGGAUUCCGUGUUGGUGGCUUCGUGUGCCUUCCUUCUUGAGCUUUGUGGUUUAUCUGCCAGCAUGCUUCGAAUAGAUGUGCAAUCAUUGAGAAGGAUAUCAUCUUUUUAUGAGUCCAAUGAUAAUGCAGUGAUGGCACAACAAAAGUCGCUCAAGGGGGUAUCUAGUGAAGGUGAUCUAAUGGGGUCACUAGCUAGGGCCCUAGCUAACGGAUAUGUUUAUCCUGAUAUCUCUAAGCAAAAACAUACUCGAAACAGUAUUUCUGGUGCUCAACCCUGUCUUCCGCUAAUGCUUGUUCUGCAUCAUCUGGAACGAGCUAGCCUUCCAGAUAUCGGAGGAGAUAGGAAAACAAGUGGAUACUGGCUGUUAACAGGUGAUGGUGAUGGGUCUGAACUUCGGUCUCAGCAGACAUCUGCUAGCUUGCAUUGGAGUUUAGUUACUCUUUUCUGUCAGAUGCAUAAGAUUCCUCUCAGCACCAAAUACCUUGCCAUGCUAGCAAGAGACAAUGAUUGGGUUGGAUUCUUAUCUGAAGCGCAGCUUGGAGGAUUCCCAUUUGAUACGGUGUUCAAUGUGGCAUCGAAGGAGUUUGGUGAUCAACGUUUAAGAGCUCACAUACUGACCGUUUUGAGAUAUGCCAACUCAAAAAAGAAAGCUACCAUAUCAUACUCGGAUGACACAAGCAGAGGUUUUACCUGUUCCUUCUCAGAGGAUGGAGCUUAUGUCUCUGCCGAACUCUUUCGCAUUUUGGCUUACUCUGAGAAGCUCAAGAAUCCUGGAGGGUACCUUUUAUCGAAAGCUAAGGAGUUAUCGUGGUCUAUUUUGGCUCUCAUAGCCUCGUGCUUUUCGGAUGUUGCUCCUAUAUCAUGCCUAACAGCUUGGUUGGAAAUUACCGCCGCCAGGGAAACAUCGUCUAUCAAGGUGAACGACAUCACCACUAAAAUAGCAGAAAAUAUAGCAGCAGCCGUUGUAUCUACGAAUUCCUUGCCAACGGAUGCUAGAGGUGUCCAGUUUCAUUACAAUAGAAGGAAUCCUAAACGGAGACGACUUACUGCACAAACAUCUGUGGAUUCAUUGGUUUCAGCUAAUAGUUUAAACACCUCGGCUGGUAAUGUUGUUUGCUCUCACAAAACAGAAGCUGCAGAAGAAGAAAAAGCUGAAGAUACCAAUGUUACUAAUGAUUCGUCUGAUGAGCAUGCGUCUCUAUCAAAAAUGGUCGCAGUGCUUUGUGAACAACGCUUGUUUCUUCCUCUGCUAAAAGCUUUUGAACUGUUCCUCCCUUCCUGCUCUCUACUGCCAUUUAUCCGUGCUCUUCAGGCAUUUUCUCAAAUGCGCCUGUCUGAAGCUUCAGCACAUUUGGGUUCUUUUUGGGCUAGAGUGAAAGAUGAAUCAAUGCAUUUUCAGUCAAAUACAGUCAAAGAAGUAAAUUUUGGGGCAUCUUGGAUCAGUAAAACAGCUGUUAAAGCUGCUGAUGCUGUUUUGUCAACUUGUCCGUCUCCAUAUGAGAAAAGAUGCUUACUGCAACUUCUUGCUGCAACUGAUUUUGGUGAUGGGGGAUCUGCGGCAACAUAUUAUCGGCGUCUUUAUUGGAAAGUUAAUUUGGCUGAGCCAUCACUCCGGUGGGAGAAUGAUCUUGACUUAGGAAGUGAGGCUCUUGAUGAUGGCUCUCUUCUAACAGCUUUAGAAAAGAAUAGGCAGUGGGAGCAAGCGCGAAACUGGGCCAAGCAACUGGAAACCAUUGGUGCCCCUUGGACAUCCUCUGUUCAUCAUGUUACUGAAACGCAGGUAACAGAACUUCUUGGCUCCUAUCUUAUACUUGAUCUGCCAGAAGUUUCUGGUCACUUGGAUUCUGGAUGUCUAGCAACUUAUAAGACAAUCAUGGCAGAAUCCAUGGUUGCAGAAUGGAAAGAAUUUCUUUGGGAUGUUCCAGAAGAGAGAAUCGCAUUAUGGGGUCAUUGCCAAACUCUGUUCAUCAGAUACUCUUUCCCUGCUUUACAGGCAGGUUUAUUUUUCCUUAGGCAUGCAGAAGCGGUGGAGAAAGAUCUCCCUCCAAGGGAGAUCUAUGAGCUGUUACUGCUAUCUCUUCAGUGGUUGAGUGGGUUAACAACCCUGUCGCAUCCGGUUUACCCUUUGCAUCUUCUGCGAGAAAUCGAGACUAGAGUGUGGCUAUUGGCUGUAGAAGCAGAAGCACAUGUGAAAAAUGUAGGAGCAUUUAAUCCAAAUAGUACCGGAAAAGACAUGGCGAAUGGAAGCAGUUCAAAUCUUAUAGACCGCACUGCAAGUAUCAUAACAAAAAUGGACAACCAUAUUUCUUCAGCAACAAAAAAUAAAAUUGGAGAAAAACAUGAAUCCAGGGCCCCUGGCCAAGCACAUCAAAGGAACCAAGACACGAGCACUUCACUAUUUGGUGCCAACACGAAGCCCAAAAGGAGAGCAAAAGGAAAUCUCCCACAAAGAAGACAUUUUGUUGAUUCUUCAGAUAGGAAUACUGAUGUUGAAGAUUCUUCAUCACUUCUAAACAUCAAAAGCGAGUUCCAGCUACAAGAGGAAAGCACGGGUUUGGAGGUAUCCUUAUCAAAGUGGGAAGAAAGUAUAGAACCUGCGGAGUUGGAAAGAGCUGUUCUGUCUUUACUGGAGUUUGGACAAGUAACAGCUGCGAAGCAGCUCCAACUUAAACUUGCUCCAGGAAAUCUACCUUCUGAGCUAAUAAUUCUGGAUGCUGUUAUGAAGCUAGCAAUGCUUUCGACGCCUUGCAGUCAAGUACCAUUGUCGAUGUUGGAUGAUGAAGUUCGUUCUGUCAUUCAGUCACACAGUCUAAAAAUAGACCAACCUAUGGUUGAACCACUGCAGGUUUUGGAGAGCCUAUCAAACAUUUUAAAUGAAGGCAGUGGACGUGGGCUGGCAAGAAAAAUCAUCGCAUUUAUAAAAGCUGCUAACGUACUGGGCCUUACAUUCACCGAGGCAUAUCAAAAGCAGCCCAUAGAGUUGUUACGAUUACUUUCUCUUAAAGCACAAGAUUCCUUUGAAGAAGCAUGUCUCCUUGUCCAGACACAUUCCAUGCCCGCUGCUAGUAUCGCUCAGAUACUUGCAGAAUCUUUUUUGAAGGGUUUACUGGCAGCUCAUCGUGGAGGAUAUAUAGAUUCUCAAAAGGAGGAAGGGCCUGCUCCACUUUUGUGGAGAUUUUCAGACUUUUUGAAGUGGGCGGAGCUUUGUUCUUCUGAACAAGAAAUUGGCCAUUCACUAAUGCGCCUUGUAAUUACCGGACAGGAAAUACCACACGCGUGUGAGGUUGAGCUACUUAUUCUGUCUCAUCACUUCUACAAGUCAUCCACGUGUCUUGAUGGAGUUGAUGUUCUUGUGGCACUUGCUGCCACUAGGGUUGAGGCUUAUGUUGCUGAGGGCGAUUUCUCAUGCCUGGGUCGUCUAAUAACUGGAGUCGGAAACUUUCAUGCUCUUAAUUUCAUUCUCAAUAUUCUAAUCGAAAAUGGGCAGCUCGAUCUCUUACUACAGAAAUUUUCUGCUGCUGCUGAUGCAAACACUGGCACUGCCCAGGCUGUCAGAAGUUUCCGGAUGGCUGUUCUGACUUCGUUGAAUCUCUUUAACCCAAAUGACCAUGAUGCGUUCGCAAUGGUAUAUAAACACUUUGACAUGAAGCAUGAAACGGCUGCUUUGCUAGAGGCACGUGCAGAUCAGGCUGCACAGCAGUGGUUUCUACGGUAUGACAAGGAUCAAAAUGAAGAUCUCCUUGAUUCUAUGCGCUAUUACAUUGAAGCUGCUGAAGUCCACACAUCUAUUGAUGCUGGAAACAAAGCACGGAAGGCUUGUGGUCAGGCUUCCCUUGUCUCCCUGCAAAUAAGGAUGCCAGAUUCCAAGUGGCUCUGUUUAUCGGAAACAAACGCCAGAAGAGCACUUGUGGAUCAAUCCCGUUUCCAGGAGGCUCUGAUUGUAGCAGAAGCUUAUGGUCUAAACCAGCCAAGCGAAUGGGCGCUUGUGCUUUGGAAUCUGAUGCUGAAACCGGAACUAGCGGAAGAGUUUGUGGCUGAAUUUGUUGCGGUGCUUCCCUUGCAGGCUUCAAUGCUACUGGAACUGGCAAGGUUCUACAGAGCGGAAAUGGCAGCUCGAGGAGACCAGUCUCAGUUCUCAGUGUGGCUCACAGGAGGAGGGUUACCAGCUGAGUGGGCCAAAUACAUGUGGAGAUCAUUCAGGUGUUUGUUGAAGAGAACACGGGAUUUGAGGUUACGGUUGCAGCUGGCUACAACAGCGACCGGAUUCUCUGACAUGGUGGAUGCGUGUACGAAUGCGUUGGAUAAGGUCCCGGAAAAUGCUGGACCACUUGUACUGAAGAAAGGACAUGGAGGAGGAUACUUACCACUCAUGUGAGUGAGUGAACCAUCUAAGAGAUCAUCCCAAAGGAUGCAAUCUCUCUCUGCUUCGUCGUUGGGAGAGAGCUCCAUGGAGCUGUAAAUUAGCCGGAGAAAUUGGAAAAAGAGUUUUUUUGAUGUUUUGGAAGAGAAACUGUGAAGUCUUUUUUUCUUUAUAGGUUGCAGUGUUUGUGUGUGUUUGUUGAUGGGUCUCACAAUUCUUUCUUUUCUUCUCUUUACCUCAUUCUUUUUUCCGGCAAUUAUAUGACAGUCUUGAGAGAUGUAGAGAGAUGUGUACAGUGUAAUAACUGUCUUUGAUAUAAGUUGUUAUAGAAUUUGCAUCGUUGAAUAAUUUCGAGGCUUCUGUCUACAGCAGCAGUCUCAAGACCAUACUUCCUGAUUCAAAGCAUACAUAGUUAG